UCGGCUCCCUCCUGUGGCCUGAACCUCAAACGUUGAUCAUUCCAAUCCUCCCUCCCGACUUCCAUACGUCUCUCGCACCCUUACUGCGCCGUACCGUACGCAAGGCAUGAGUGCCACCGGGAGGAAGUUGGCCGCGCUACCGGCGCUCGGGUGGUGGCUCGUGGUGGUCGGCGCCGUCCGCCUCGUCUUCGCCUGGUCCGGCUUCUUCGACGCCUGGGCCGUCCGUUCCGGCACCUACUCCAACACGCACGUGACUGAUGUGCAUGCGCGUACCGUCGGGGUGUGGACGCUUCUGUCGUGCACUCUCUGCUUCCUCUGCGCCUUCAACCUCGAGAACAAGCCGCUCUGCGCCGCAACUCUCUUGUCAUUCGUCUACGCCUAUGGGCAUUUCGUUGCUGAAUACCUGGUGUACCGUACCAUCACCGCUGCAAGCCUCGGAACGCUCGGCUUCUUUGCAGUCCCGUCGAUCAUCUGGACGGUGCUCCACUGGAGGAACACUCUUGGCUACCGUGCUACGAAGCGCUCAUGAGCUUGUUCCACUGUUAGGGUCUGUUUGGUUGGAGACUAAUUUUGUCAAGUCAAAGUGUGGCAAGUCAUAAAGUGUGGUUGAAAAAACGAACGCCAAACUUUGGUAAAAGUUGACAAAAAACUUGACUCUAUGACAAAUAGGUCAUAGCGACAAUAAAGUAUGGCAAGCCAAAGUGUGACAAAAACCAAACAUAUGCCAACUAAACUCUGGCUGUCAAAUUUUGACUUGCAAAAUGUGGCUAGAAACCAAACAGGCCCUUAAUCUGUUAUCGCCUCGUCAACGGAUAGAGCCUUCAGAACUUGCCUAUCAAGAGAAUAAAUUUCGCUGCAAAUCGGUUUUAUUUACUUUUGUCAUGUGUAUGCUGUAUCAUCCCAUCCAUGAAACUAUUAAACGAAGAGUACCGACACUCUUUUAUGA